AUGACCACCACCGACCACAACCGUGUCUACUUGGACAAACUCGGCUCCACUUCGACCGCGGCGCUUCAAAACGACUUGUCCAACAUGUCGAUCGCCAACUUUUCGUCUUCCGUCCCCGAUCCCGUGGAUCCGCACCAUGUCAUGGCUGGUCCUGACGCCGCUGCUUGUGUGUUCACUUCUUCAUCUGCAUCCGCUUCCCGCAACAACUCGAACACCCCCGCUCCUCGGCCUUUCGACUACCGCGUCACCUAUGCGCCGGUCACGACUACAUCGCGUGUCUCUACUGUCUCUGUCACCACCCAAUCCCAUCGACCGCCGUCGAAAUCGCACUCGAUCUCAUCGAUCGAGUCAACGGCAACCGUCUCGUCCGAUGCCCCAUCCACGCCUCCAACCCACGACGUCGACGAUGUCUGCUUUCACAUGGCCACCAUUCCCAAAUCGGUUCGUAAUUCUGCUGAUUCGUACAACGUCGGCAAACACUUGCCACCAACACCAUCGCAUUCCAUUCCAACCGCGCAUCAAAACGUCGCUCCGACCAUGGCUCCUGCACAAUCGCACGCCAACGAUGACGCUGCUGGUGGCGCUCCUGCUGCUCCACAAUCUGCCGCUCGUAACGAAAAAUACAAAUCGGCCAUCAGCUUCCGCGUCGGCAGCAAGUACAAGGUGUGCGAGAUCAUCGGCGAAGGUGCGUACGGCGUUGUCUGCAGCGCCAUUCACCGCGCCACAGGCCAGAAAGUGGCCAUCAAAAAGAUCCAGCCGUUCGAGCAUCAGAUGUUUGCGCUGCGCACCUUGCGCGAGCUCAAGCUGCUCCGCUUCUUCCAGGAGUGCGAUGUCUCGGAAAAUAUCAUUAGCAUCCUCGACAUUAUCAAGCCCAACACGUACGAGGCCUUCACCGAGGUGUAUCUGGUUCAAGAGCUCAUGGAGACCGACCUGCACCGUGUCAUACGCACGCAGGAGCUCUCGGACGAUCACUGCCAGUACUUCACCUACCAGACGUUGCGUGCGCUCAAGCCGAUGCACUGUGCCGAUGUGAUCCACCGCGACCUCAAGCCAAGCAACGUACUGCUCAACGCCAACUGCGAUCUCAAGGUGUGCGACUUUGGCCUGGCGCGUUCGGUGCUCACGGCGGAUCAGGAUACGGGCUUCAUGACCGAGUACGUGGCUACGCGAUGGUACCGUGCCCCGGAGAUCAUGCUCACGUUCAAGCAGUACACCAAGGCCAUCGAUGUGUGGGCGGUCGGGUGCAUCCUCGCCGAGAUGCUGUCCGGUCGACCACUGUUUCCCGGUCGGGACUACCACCAGCAACUGUCGCUGAUCCUUGAUGUGCUGGGGACACCGACGCUGGAAGAGUUCCACAACAUCAACAGCCGCCGUUCGCGCGACUACAUUCGAUCCAUGCCCUUCCGCAAGCGUCGCGAUUUCCGCACUCUGUUCCCCAAAGCGUCGCCCGAGGCUAUCGACUUCCUGCAAAAGACGCUCACAUUCGACCCGCGCAACCGUCUCACGGUAGAAGAGUGUCUAGCACACCCGUACCUUUCCGCCUACCACGACCCGGACGACGAGCCCGGUGCGCCGCGUCUCGACCCGGACUUUUUCUACUUUGACAUGCAGAAGGAGAGCAUCACCAAGGAGGACCUGCGCAAGGAACUGUGGUAUCAGGUGCAGGAGUUUCAGCCUCUGCUACGCUGA